UGAGUAGUUUAGAGCCAGUCCACGGCAACAUUAGAGGAGAGUGAGCAGAGGAGGCGUGUGCAUGUUUAUGUGUGUGAGUGUGUGUGUGUGUGAGUGUGCAUCUGUGCAGUGAGAGUAAAAGCACAGUGACUACUUCUUCUCCUUUUGUGGAGUGAGUGUGAGUUGGUGGCUCGUUUUGUGUGUGUGUGCGUGUGUGUGUGUGUGAGAGAGAGAGGAGAGAGAGAAGCAGAGUACAUGUGUGCCCGUGUUGUUGAAGGAGACGCUGCUGGGUGUGAUGGCUCUUUUGCGUUAGUACUUGUGCGGACAGGAGAGUUGGAGGCAGUUGUUUUGUGGGACUCGCGGGGAAUGGCAAACUCCACGGUAUCCUUGGAAACAUCCGACUAAAUGACAAUGGCUGAGGCUAUCUGCUGCACUUUGGUGAACUGUAACUGUGACAGCUUCAAGCCUGGGAAGCUGAAGAGGAGGCAGUGUGAAAACUGCAAACAUGGCUGGGUAGCACACGCUCUGAGUAAACUGAAGCUGCACCACAUGUACCAGAGCAGCCAGGUGGAGAUUGUGCACUCCAAUGUGGUGUUCGAUAUCUGCAGCCUGAUGUUGUAUGGCACCCAAGCCAUCCCCAUCCGCCUCAAGAUCCUCCUGGACCGCCUUUUCUCCGUCCUCAAACAGGAGGAAGUCAUCCAGAUCCUCAACGCACUCGACUGGACGCUGCAGGACUACAUACGAGGAUACGUACUCCAGGAUGUGGCCGGGAAGGUGCUGGACCGGUGGGCCAUCAUGACGUUUGAGGAGGAGAUCGCCACUCUGCAACAGUUCCUGCGUUUUGGCGAAACCAAGUCCAUAGUUGAGCUGAUGGCUCUGCAGGACAAGGAGGGCCAGUCAGUGUUGGUUCCAAGCACACGCACCAACUCAGAUAUCCGCACUUUCAUUGAGCGCAACACCCCACGCACUGCUGCCAACCUCUCUGCAUCCAAAGUGGAGAAGCUAAGUGGCAACAGCAUGCACCACUUUGAAAACUUUAUCAACAGCAUGGCCUUCAUGCUGCCCUUCCAGCUGUUGGGCUCUGUUCCAGCUCCGUUUCUGGGCUCACCAACAGGGGCACUGCAGCAGCAGCACCAGCAACACCAACAGCACCAGCAGCCAUGCCGGGGGUCAGUGGAGCAGCAGAGUCAGAGACGAGAUGAUCAAGGGCGGGAUGGUCUCGGGAGGGAUAACCCCCUCUCUCUUUCACAUCCUCCAGAAAGCAGCCUGCUAGGUUCCAGCUCUGUCUCAUUCACUGCUGAUCUAGACCGAAGUGGAGCCAAACCAAUGGACAGCCUGUCCACCACCACAAAGAUCGAGGCUGAGGACUUCUCCACUAGCGACAACUACUCUGAUGGACCCUCCACGCCAUGUACACCCUCCAUGAGUUCUGAUGUAACACAGAUGUCACCCGAGGGCAAGCUGCGCUCCAUGGACAGGAAUGGUAGCUGUGGUGGAGGGAUCUCAGGAGGUGGUGGUGGAGGAGGAUCUCUGAAGAAGGGUCGUGUAUUUUGUAAUGCCUGUGAGAAGACAUUCUAUGACAAAGGCACAUUGAAAAUCCACUACAAUGCAGUGCACCUGAAGAUUAAGCACAAGUGUACCAUCGAGGGCUGUAACAUGGUGUUCAGCUCGCUGCGCAGUCGCAAUCGCCACAGUGCCAACCCAAACCCAAGGCUGCACAUGCCCAUGAACCGCAACAACCGGGACAAAGACCUGCGGGGCAACUUGUCUAGUGAUGAAGGCUCACAAGGAGAGAAGAGGCCUGAAUAUGGCACCCCCAUCCCUGCCUGCUCUGCAGAAAGUCAUAAAUCAGUUCCCAGUUACAUGGUGAGCCAUGUGGACACUGGUUCCAAGCUCCACAGCAGCUCCUUCCCCAGCAUGGGCCACAGUGGUAUCCUCUUUCCCAACUUAAAAACAGUACAGCCAGUCCUGCCUUUCUACCGAAGUCUGGUUACCCCAGCAGAGCUCGCCAACACCCCAGGAACACUACCUUCUCUCCCCCUCCUGUCCUCUUCUGUUCCUGUCAAACCUACCACAGCUCCUGAACUCUGUACAACAGAUCCCAUACCAAAGAAAAAGUCUCGAAAGUCAAGCAUGCCAAUAAAAAUAGAGAAGGAGACAGUGGAGCGCGAAGAGCAGAUGGAUAAGGGGAGCAGCUCUGAGGAUGAAGCUCCCUUACAGGGCAGGGACAACGAAGAGUAUGACGGUAUCCGAGCACAAGGGCAUAUGUGCUCAAGACGAGCUGGGGAGGAGAAGGAGGACAGAGGGGCAUACAUCGGUGAAGAGAGGGAAACAGAAGGUGCUAAGCAUCUGUUGGAUCAAACCUUAGAUAGCGAGAUGACAGAGAGGGAGGACAAAGAUGAUGGGCCACAGCAAAUUGAAGCAGGUGUCAUCACUUGCACAUCUUCCCCCUUUGAAAACAGACUGAUUGAGAACCUUCGGGAGAACCAUUUACUCUGUCAGGAACCCAAUGGCAAUGAAGAAAGGGAGGAAAGAGAGUGUACCAACUCGCUGCAUGGAGCUGAGAAGAUUUCAGAGCUCAGAUGGGAUGAGGGUGAGCACAGGCUUACUAAUGGGGGCGCUCUCCAACUCUCAGACCAUGAGAAAGAGGGGUCUGAUGGCUGUGUAGAUGACUAUGGUGAUUCAGAUUCGUCUCACCUUAACCCUGACGCUGACCUGUCACACCACUGUGAGAUCUGCAAUAAAACCUUUAAGAAUCCCUACAGCGUCAAGAUGCACUACCAAAAUGUCCACCUGAAGGAGAUGCACAUGUGCACAGUGGACGGCUGCAAUGCUGCAUUCCCUUCCCGCAGGAGCAGAGACAGACACAGUGCAAAUUUGAACCUGCACCACAAGCUGCUGACCAAAGACUCUUUCAGCCCAGCCAAUGUCCUCUACUCACCCUCAUCCCACUGCAGAGACAGAGACUCUGUUGGCCUGGACUUCUGCCAGGACCAGCGGGACAGAGAUCUGUCCCAUCGAGACCCAACCAGCCAGACCUCCGUGAUCUUCAGAGGACACAAUCGCAUGGGUCUGGUCUUCCCCAUGAGCAAAAUGUCUACCGCACCAGACAGCGCCGAGGUGUCGCCCUUGGGAGAGGUAGAGGGAUUAGGAGGAGGAGGAGGAGGAGAAGGUGGUGGUAGUGGGGAGGAUGGGGCAGUCCUGGACCUGAGCACCUCCUCCUCUGUCCCACCUCGCAGCGGUGCUCGAUCUUCCUGGGACUCAGAUGGAGCUGGUAGUGAGGAAGGAGAGGGGAUUGAAGAGGAUGAGGAAGCGCUCCCCAUGGAGGACAGUGAUGAAAGCUGCGAUGGGAUCAGCGUGAGGAGGCCUGGGGGCGAGGAGUUGGCACUCGGGGGAGAGAGGAGCCUGGGCUGCGUUGGGGGAGGACAGGGCGGGCUUCAAGGAGGUGGGGGUGGAUCUCCGAUAACCUGCCACGUCUGCCAAAAGGUCUACAGCAACAAGGGCACAUUCAGGGCCCAUUACAAGACUGUCCAUCUGCGACUGCUGCACAAGUGUAAAGUUCCUGGUUGUGAUACAUCUUUCUCCUCUGUACGAAGCAGAAACAGGCACAGCCAGAACCCAAAUCUCCACAGGAACCUAGCUGUUAGCUCAGGUGCCACUAUGGACCAGGAGUAGAGAUUUGAACUGAUAUGCCAACAUGACUGAUUUCCUUCAUUCCAAUUGUCUUGUUGUUGUUGUUAAAGUUGUUCUACUUUUUUGGGCACCUAAAAAAGGCUCACCAAUUAGCACUUUUUAAAUUCCAUACUGUUGUCCACCCUGUUGUCAUUAUUUUUUUUGGAAAAAAAAGAAAGUACAAUCAGUUUAUUUGUUGAGGCAACAUUCUUUUUGAACAAAUGAAUUUUCUGAAGCAAAAACAGAUAAAACAUUAGAUGCAUCUGUCUAUGUUUACACAUCAACAUAUAAAGAACAACUGAAAAACAAACUUGAUGAGUCUCAAUCUUUUGUUGAAAUGCAGUACUGAUUUCUUUGUAUUGGUUUGCCUUACAGCCCAGUUUAAACCUUACAAAAUUUCAUUUGUAUGAACUGAAUUUUUCCAUGUCUGUCCAAGUGUGAGUUGAUCCAUGACACUGUUGUACCAUGCAAGUAAUUUUUUCUGGUGUUUUUGUUGUCAAAUGUCCACAUCUUCCUUGUGAAGCUGUGUAUAAUGUAUUGAUCAAAAGCAGUAGUGAAGUAACCUCUACAUGUGUCAUUUUGUUCAUUUGGACAAUGGUCUUCAAAAAGAGUCUUUGUUAAAAAGCUAUAGUGUUGUGAGCUUGACCAAUAAGUUAUUGUAUGGUGUUAUAUGAUCUGCAAUGUUCCCUGUCUUUACUGUUCUGGUUGUUGCAUACUGCUAAUGUUGGCCAAAGAUUUUUUCAGUCCACAGGUGUGUAUAAAAACCCCUUCAUAUUGUAUGAGGGGUAUGCAGUAUUAAAAGGGCCCGCCCAGUCUUUUCUCAUCUACUUUGUGAUUAACAGCAGUAUUCAGGUUUGGGCUCUGUUGUAAAAUAAAAUAAAACUUUACAAAAAAAAAAAAAAAAAUCUACUUUCGACUGAUCGGGGUGAAAAAAAGUCUUGAUUUUGGUGGUGCUUUUGUAAAGACAUCUGCUCAUGGGACUUGAUUGGUUAAGGCACUGCUCUUGUAUUGUUUGUGUGGUUGCUUGCAGUAUCCUGACUGACUGGACCGGAAGAUACCCUGUGUCUGGAGGCUAGAAGCAUGUACUGUGAAUGAGUCAAACACUGAGGAAUAAUAAUGAAAAAAAAAGCAAUUUAUAAUAAUGGCCCCACACGUGAGCACACCCUAAAAAAAGAACUGGUAAACAAAAUGUUUAUUGAACUGUAUAUUCUGUGAAUAGAGUAAUUUGUUAUCUGAAAGAAACCAAAAAAUAUACUGUUUAAAAUAGGUUAAUUUUACCACUAACAUUACAUGUUUUUCUUUUUUCUAAAAAUGAAUGAACAAGAACAUUGUGUUGUACAUGUCUGAUUAUUUCAUCAUGGUUUACUGUUCUGGUUCUGCUCUGUAUUCUGCAUAUUUUUUUUCAUUCUGUAUUUAAAUGCAAUGGGCCAGAUUUAAAACCCCAUUUGUUUGUUGUUUGGAUUUGUUAAAAAAAAAAGGAGCAAAAGCUGACACAUGUUGAUAGGUGUUCAUGUUUCCUUUGAUUUAAUGUUACAAUAUUCAUUCCAAUUAAAUAAAAAGCCAUAUGUUUGCAAGUGUCAUCCCAUUCAAUUUUCUAUCCAAUAAAAAUAAGCGCAAUCAUCACUUUUA